CUAGAGCAGCUGUAUCACCCAUCCAAACAACUUCCUCUCGAAGACUGUAGCGAAGCAACGAUAACUGCAGCAAAAUUCAAGCGACGCGAGAAAAAAUUCACGGUGUCUGAACUAUUUUAAGAAUGGAAGGGCCAGAAGCCAAUCAUGGAGGGCGCCCCAAAACCCCUCAAGAGUUUCUGGGGUGCGUCCCCAUUGGCCAUCCGGACUCGAUGAUGUCCGUGGAGUCCGUGAGAAAGGCAGUCGAAGAAUUUCGAACGAAACCCACAGACGUCAUCGUCGCAACCUUUCCAAAGACUGGUACCACACUUGUAACCUGGAUCUGCCACCUGCUGCGAACCGGAGCAUGUCCUAAAAAAUCACUUGGGUUUGAAACCCUUUACGAGGUCGUUCCGUGGCCUACUCUAUCGUGGGACAUUGGAUAUGACCCCAACGUGCAGGGCAGCGAAUUCAAUCCGCGGGUCUUCAAGAGCCACCUGCGCAUGGCGAGCAUCUAUCCUAGCUGCAAGUACGUGGUCACCAUACGGGAUCCGGCCAAGACGGCUCUUUCGUUUUACAACUUUUUUAUUGCAAAAAAGGUCCCCUUCUUGGUGUCGCCGGAGGACGGCAAGCUCCUUAUGGACGUUUCGACAUUUUUACUGGACACCCCAUUUGUCAAGGGAAAUCAUCCCAAGCGCGCUAGCAUCUGGGACUAUUACUCCGAAUACCACGCUCUAAUGGAGUGUCCCUCUGUGCUGAUGAUUAUCUACGAAGAUUUUGUGCAAGAGAUGUCCUCGCAAACGCGAAUCCUUGCCAAGUUUAUGGACAUUCCAGAGAUGAAUAAGGACGAUGCAGAUAACGAAAAUCUUAUUGCUCGGACUGUUUCCAUGAGCAGCAAGGAAUACAUGGCCCAGCACAUGUCGAAAUUCGACGAGCCCUACGAGCGGGCCAAAUCCCUCAGAAGAGCUGCCGAUAUUUCACAGCUUGCACCGGGGGCCAAGAUUGCCGUGAAGAAACACGUUCAGAAGUUCGACGAGCGAGCGAACUCGUUUCUAGAGGACCAAUGGAAGGCCACUAUGGGAACACUGGGGUACGACGAUUACGACUCUUUUUGUUCCACCGUUCGGACAAGGAACAAGAGAUUGUUUGGAAAUAGAAACAUACAAUAGAAGAAUAAAGAACUCAGAAUGAACUAGAUCGAAUUAUAAAUAUUGAUAGCACUG